CUACUAAAAACCCUAAACCCUUCCCUCUCUUUAUAUUAGCCGUCCUAAACUCUUUAUCAGUCCCAGUACACUGCGAUCAAAAAUGGCUUCAGCUUCAUCAUCGGCGGCGAGAUCACUCAUCCGCGACGGAAAAUCGUUGACGAAUCUAUUCCUCCGUGGACGUAAGAUCAAUCUCACCGAGACAGUACAGAACAAUGGACCGGCCAUUCGAUCUCUGCUUUGUUUUAACCAGAUGCCGGCGGCUAGCCAAUACCCUGUUUACUCUGAAACUUUUCCGGUUAUGAAAUCCGGUUUACGUGUCGGCUUCGUUCAGAAGGAGGCCGUUUCGGAGAGAGUAGGGAAAAUGGAGGCGGCUCAUGGAAAGCGAGUGGUGGACAACAAAGAUGCUGAUUCAGAGGAGGACACGGAUUUUGAUGAAGACGAGAUUGAUGACGUUGACUUUGAAGACGAUGAAGAUUCUGACGAAGAUGAUGAGGAAGAGGAGGAUGACAAGUACACAAGGAAGAAGAAGUAACUCUUCAUUCUUCACAAAAUGCUUUCUGUUUUUUGUUUGCUUGAGAUUAAUGGCUUUAGACAUAAACCUUCUUUGAUGAAAUGGUUCUAAAAUGACAAUUUCUUCUUCUUUGUCCAGUAUAUUUUUCUUCACAUCCCAUUUUAACUAUUAAAUCUGUGGUUUUGGUUAUCAAUGAUAUAUGUGACAUUCGGGGG